AUGGCAGAGAUAACUAAUUUGAGGAUAAUAAGCAGUGAUCCUGUCAAGAGUAGCAAGCUUACCAUGAACAGCCAACCAAAGGAUGAAACUGGCUCUAGGAAUAUUAUUGGUAUGAAUGUUACAUCUGUACUUAUAAUAUGGAAGGCAUUGAUGUGCUUUACCGGCAGUGAAUCUCCUGUUGUUGUUGUCUUCUCUGGAAUUCUUUGGAGGCCAUUUGGAUUUGCAGUGCUUAGACCAAGGAUUCACCGCCACCACCACACACAUGGCUUGAGAUUUGAGGAAGAAGAGGGAGCACAAUACCUCUCAGGGUUGGAAGAUAGAAUGCCAUUUCUUCAGAUGCUACAAAGCAUUGAUUUCCCUCCUAAUUUCACUCCAAAAGAGCCAAGCUUUCAACCGUUGUUGAGACAUCACCUCAACAACACCACUACAACAGCAUGGCCGAAAAUGGAAAGUACCAAAAAUGCCCAAAUUCACACACUUGGGGAACUUGAAAGCUGUGUAACUCAAGACAAUCAACAACAGUUGUAUUCACCAGCAAAUUCUGAAGGACAAGACCCUCACCAAAACAACCCACUUUCUGGUACUGUUGAGGUUGGUGGUGGUGGUGGUGGUGUUGUGAGCUCAGAUUGCAACCAAAAACUGCAACAACUCAACUCAGCAAAAAUGAGUCCUAUCCAGACACAGACCCACUUAACCAAAACCGCUUCUUCUCCGGCCACCCGAGAGAGACAAAAGCGUAAGAGAACAAGACCAACCAAGAACAAAGAGGAGGUAGAGAGCCAGAGAAUGACCCACAUUGCUGUUGAGCGCAACCGCAGAUGCCAAAUGAAUGAUCAUCUCAAUGUUCUCAGAUCCCUCAUGCCGCCUUCCUACAUCCAAAGGGGUGACCAAGCUUCCAUCGUUGGGGGAGCAAUAGACUUUGUGAAGGAGUUGGAGCAGCACCUUCAGUCCCUUGAAGCACAAAAGAGAACGAGAAGAGCUGAAGGCUUUACCAACACCAAUGUUGACCCUAACAAUAACAACUCCAUGACCUCAUCUUCACCAUCUUCAUCAUCAACCAUGACAAUGCCUUCAAAUGGGAUGUUCAUGUCUCUCUCCCAAUGCAGAAUUGGGUCUACUGAGGAAGGAAACACUUGUGGGGAUGAUGGAGUCACCGCACAAAACAAGUCUGAGGCUGCAGAAGUAGAUGUCACAGUGAUCCAAACUCAUGUGAACUUGAAGGUCCAGUGUCAAAAGAGGCCUGGCCAGUUGGUGAGAGCCCUUGUUGCAAUUGAAGAUAUCAGGCUAACAGUUUUGCACCUCAACAUUACUUCUUCAGAAGACGAGGUGCUUUACUCUUUCAAUCUCAAGAUUGAGGAGGGAUGUAAGUUAGGAUCAGCAGAUGAUAUUGCUAGAGCAGUACAUUAAUUAUUCAGCUUCAUCAAUGGAAGCUGAUUUCUUCAACGACUCGAAUAGGUUUUGCUAGCCUCGGAUACACUGAAGUUGUAAUUGACCAAAACUGAACAUUUGUCUAAGAUUAUAUGGGAGUG